AUGUUGAUGCAAGUAUUCAAGAUCCAUUCAUCGCAAUACAUCAAUAUCAUUCACGAAGGUCAGUUUGGUACAAGCGCUCAAAGAGGAAAAGAAUACUUGGAAACAUUCAUCUUCAUGACUCAUUACUAUCAUAUUGUAAUGAUGACGGUCAGUUGUAGAACCAGAAUGAACCGACAAUGGACCUUGUUAGUGGAAGAAGGCGCUAUAUUUACAGAUCUCGUAAAGGUUACGAUAAUUGAUUGUCCUGUAUCAUCAACAUCAACGACCUUUUCUACUAUGAGCGCUCAAUACAUCCCAAUAAUAGUUUCGCCAGUUUAUGUCAAAUUUCAUCGAUCAAGAGAAAACCAUCUCACUUCUUCAACUUGGCGAGAAUAUAGGGAUCUAAGGAAAAGAUGUUCCUUCUUACUCGUUUAUACGUAUCCACCUACUACAUCUCAUUCCACGAAUUCGACCUACUCGAGAGAUACUCAUUCUCUCCAUUACAACUUGACAAUUUUCUCUCGAAUUACAUCGUCAAACGUUAAAAAAGAAAUCAUCGAUAG